AUGUCAUCCAUUCCACCUCCACCUCCCCCGCCCCCGCCUGGAUGGGGUGCAGCUUCUUCUUCACUGCCUAUGGCACCUCCCCCUCCGGGCUAUCAACCACCAACCGAUCCCAAUGUCGCAAAGUUCGCGAAAAAGAAGGCGGAGUGGUUGCGCACCCAACGCGAUCGUUUGGGUGAAAAGGCCAAGGAGCGUAGUGACGAGGACGGACCCAAACCUGACCUGCCUCCCUCUCAUCUUCGCAAAGUCGUGGCGGAUAUUGGCGAUGUUUCGCAGAAAAAAUACAACAAAGAUAAACGCGCCUAUCUCGGUGCGUUGAAAUUUAUGCCUCAUGCCGUCCUCAAGCUUCUUGAAAACAUGCCAAUGCCCUGGGAAUCAUCCAGAGAAGUCAAGGUACUUUAUCACAUUAAUGGUUGUCUGACACUGGUGAACGAGGUGCCCCGUGUCAUCGAGCCUGUCUUCCAUGCCCAGUGGGCAACAAUGUGGAUGAGCAUGCGUCGCGAAAAAUGUGAUCGGAGACACUUCAAACGAAUGCGUUUCCCCCCAUUCGAUGAUGAGGAACAACCCCUUUCAUGGGAAGAAAAUAUCGAAGAUGUGGAGCCUUUGGAACCCAUCCAGUUGGAACUGGAUGAGUAUGAAGAUGAGGCCAUCUACGAUUGGUUCUACGACCACCGACCCCUUCUUGACACCCCUCAUGUCAAUGGUCCGAGCUAUAAAUCCUGGAAUUUGAAUUUGCCGCAGAUGGCGACUCUCCACCGAUUCAGUAAACAACUUCUAACCGAAGUCAUCGACCAAAACCGUUACCAUAUGUGGGAUCUCGACAGCUUCUUUACUGCUAAGGCCCUCAAUGUCGCAAUCCCUGGUGGUCCUCGCUUUGAGCCUCUCUACAAGGACAUUGACCCCAACGGCGAAGACUUCGGAGAGUUCAACGCCAUCGACCGCAUUAUUUUCCGUUUCCCAACCCGCACCGAAUAUCGAAUUGUUUUCCCGUUUCUGUACAACACCCUCCCUCGAAGCGUCAAACUUGGCUGGUAUUCCCACCCUAACUCAGUUUACACACUCACCGAAGACCCCAACCUUCCUGCAUACUAUUUCGAUCCUAGCUUCCACCCUAUUUCUUCCCGUGCGGUGAAGCCCAAGAACAUCACUGUCACCCAUGAGGAUAAAAUCUUCGGUCCCGAUAAUGAUGAAGACGAUUUUGAACUUCCCGGAAGUUUCGAGGCUUUCUUCGAGGACGAGGAACUUUUCCUUCCAGAGACUGCAUCUGCCAUUGUUCUGUGGUGGGCGCCUCACCCCUUUAAUAAACGACAUGGAAAAAUGGUCCGUGCGCAGGAUGUGCCAAUCGUCAAGCAGUGGUACAAGGACGGCUGUCCGGAAGGCCAGCCAGUGAAAGUUCGCGUGUCUUAUCAGAAACUGCUCAAGAGCUAUGUUCUCAAUGAGCUGCACAAGAGGACUCCCAAGACACAGAGUAAGCAGAGUCUCCUGAAGACUUUGAAAUCGACCAGUUAUUUCCAGCAGACAAGUAUCGAUUGGGUGGAAGCUGGUUUACAAGUCUGUCGCCAAGGUUUUAACAUGUUGAACCUAUUGAUUCACCGCAAGAACUUGACUUAUCUGCAUCUGGAUUACAACUUCAAUUUGAAGCCAGUCAAGACUUUGACCACCAAAGAGCGCAAAAAGUCUCGAUUCGGAAAUGCUUUCCAUUUGAUGCGAGAAAUCCUUCGCCUGACCAAGUUGAUUGUGGACGCCCAGGUUCAAUACCGCUUGGGUAACAUCGAUGCCUUCCAACUGGCGGAUGGAAUUAUGUACGCCUUCAAUCAUGUGGGCCAGUUGACCGGUAUGUACCGUUACAAGUACAAACUCAUGCACCAGAUUCGUUCGUGCAAAGACUUGAAGCACUUGAUCUACUAUCGGUUCAACUCUGGACCCGUUGGAAAGGGACCUGGAUGUGGUUUCUGGGCCCCAGCUUGGCGUGUGUGGCUCUUUUUCAUGCGUGGUAUCAUCCCCCUUCUUGAGAGAUGGCUGGGAAAUUUACUUUCUCGUCAAUUCGAGGGACGCCACAGCAAGGGUGUUGCCAAAACUACGACUAAACAACGUGUCGAGUCCCACUUCGACUUGGAAUUACGUGCAUCUGUCAUGGCGGAUCUUAUGGAUAUGAUGCCCGAGGGUAUCAAACAGAACAAGGUCAAUGUCGUCUUGCAACAUUUGUCCGAGGCCUGGAGAUGCUGGAAGAGUAACAUUCCUUGGAAGGUUCCCGGUCUGCCUGCACCUAUCGAGAACAUCAUUCUCCGGUACGUGAAGAGCAAGUCUGACUGGUGGGUUUCGGUUGCCCAUUAUAACCGAGAGCGAAUCCGCCGUGGUGCUACUGUUGAUAAGACUGUCGCAAAGAAAAACUUGGGGCGCCUCACUCGUCUUUGGCUCAAGACGGAGCAAGAAAGACAGCACAACUAUCUCAAGGAUGGUCCGUAUGUGUCAUCUGAGCAAGCUGUGGCUAUCUACACGACCAUGGUCCACUGGCUAGAAUCGCGCAAGUUCUCGCCAAUACCAUUUCCCAGUGUGUCUUACAAACAUGAUACAAAGAUCCUCAUUCUGGCCCUUGAGCGCCUUCGCGAGUCGUAUUCUGUAAAGGGUAGACUGAACCAGAGCCAACGAGAAGAGCUUGCUUUGAUCGAACAGGCUUAUGACUCCCCUGGUACAACUCUGGCCAGAAUCAAACGUUUCCUCUUGACUCAGCGGGCAUUCAAAGAAGUUAGCGUCGACAUGAAUGACAACUACAACUUCACCAAUCCCGUCUACGACAUUGAGCCCAUUGAGAAGAUUACAGAUGCCUACCUUGAUCAAUAUCUUUGGUACCAGGCUGAUCAGCGUCAUCUUUUCCCUUCUUGGAUCAAGCCAUCUGACUCCGAGGUGCCUCCACUUUUGACAUACAAGUUCACACAAGGCAUUAAUAACCUGCAUAAUGUUUGGGAGACAGCUGAUGGUGAGACCAACGUCAUCAUGGAAACUGAACUCUCCAAGAUCCAUGAGAAGAUCGAUCUCACUCUAUUGAACCGAAUGCUUCGCCUUAUUAUGGACCACAAUAUGGCUGAUUACAUUACCUCGAAGAACAACGUUCAGCUCAGCUACAAGGAUAUGAACCAUACCAACAGUUAUGGUUUGAUUCGUGGUCUUCAAUUCUCUGGAUUCGUAUUCCAGUACUACGGUAUGAUGAUCGAUCUGCUGCUGCUUGGUCUCCAGCGUGCCAGCGAAAUGGCCGGACCCCCGGGAAGUCCAAAUGACUUCCUUCAGUUCCGUGACCGUGAAACCGAGACCAGACAUCCCAUCCGUCUGUACACUCGUUAUGUAGACAAGAUCUGGGUGUUCUACCGAUUCACUGCCGAUGAAUCCCGAGAUUUGAUCCAGCGUUUCUUGACAGAGAACCCUGAUCCUAAUUUUGAGAAUGUCAUUGGUUUCAAGAAUAAGAAGUGCUGGCCUCGCGAUUGCCGUAUGCGUCUGAUGCGUCAUGACGUCAACCUUGGACGUGCUGUAUUCUGGGACAUGAAGAACCGACUUCCUAGGUCCAUCACAUCUAUUGAAUGGGACGAUACGUUCACUAGCGUCUACAGUAGGGACAACCCGAACCUGCUCUACUCCAUGAAUGGGUUUGAGGUUCGGAUUCUUCCCAAGAUUCGUAACCAAAACUCAACAUUCUCGACUAAGGACAGCGUUUGGUCUCUGGUCAAUAACACGACCAAGGCACUGACUGCGGAUGCAUUCCUCCAAGUCACUCAAGAAGAUGUCAACAAGUUCAACAACCGAAUUCGUCAGAUUCUGAUGUCCUCUGGAUCGACAACCUUCACAAAGAUUGCCAACAAGUGGAACACUGCCCUUAUUGCUCUCUUCACAUACUACCGUGAGGCGGCUGUUUCGACUGUCAAUCUUCUCGACAUCAUUGUCAAGUGUGAGACCAAGAUUCAGACUCGAGUCAAGAUCGGCUUGAAUUCAAAAAUGCCUUCCCGUUUCCCUCCGGCCGUUUUCUACACGCCCAAGGAACUUGGAGGUCUUGGUAUGAUCUCCGGAUCACACAUCCUUAUCCCUACGAGCGACAAACGAUGGUCCCAACAGACAGACACCGGAAUUACCCACUUCCGCGCUGGAAUGUCACAUGACGAGGAAACCCUGAUCCCGAAUAUUUUCCGGUACAUCAUCCCCUGGUCAGCCGAAUUCAUUGACUCUCAGCGUGUAUGGAUGGAAUACUCUCAGAAACGGAUGGAAGCCCAGUCACAGAACCGACGUCUGACCUUGGAGGAUCUUGAGGACAGCUGGGACCGUGGUCUGCCCCGUAUCAACACUCUGUUCCAAAAAGACCGCAGUACCCUCAGCUUUGACAAGGGAUUCCGUCUUCGUUCCGAAUUCAAGCAAUAUCAGCUGAUGAAGAGCAACCCCUUCUGGUGGACUAGCCAACGUCAUGACGGUAAACUCUGGAAUCUGAAUGCCUACCGUACCGAUGUUAUUCAAGCCCUCGGUGGUGUGGAAACAAUUUUGGAACAUACGCUGUUCAAGGCAACAGCUUUCCCAUCCUGGGAGGGCCUAUUCUGGGAGAAGGCGUGUCUCGCUAAAGGUACCAGGCUUCUUCGAUAUGACGGAAGCCAAGUCAACGUCGAGGAUGUGCGUGAGGGUGAUGAGUUGCUGGGUCCUGAUGGUGGACCUCGCCGUGCCUUCAAUAUCGUGAAAGGCCAUGAUCGCCUUUACCGCAUCAAGAUUGACACCGAAAAUGAAGACCUUGUUGUCACCGCCAACCAUAUCCUGGUGCUCCAUCGUGAGAAGCGAGCCAUCGCUGAAUUAUCUGCCGUAGAUGAUUAUGACACUGUGGAAAUCACUGCGGCCGAAUUCGCUGCCCUUGCUGUUGAAGAAAGGGAAUUGUAUUAUGUUUUCAAAGCUACUGGAUUGGAAAAGUCCGAACAGUCCGUUCCCCAAAAACUCCGUUUCAAGGCCCAUGACAUUCAGCUUGAAUCUGUCAGUACUGAGUGGGCCGGAUUCCGAGUUGACAAGGAUCAGCUCUACUUACGCCAUGACUACCUUGUUCUGCAUAACAGUGGUUUCGAAGAGAGUAUGAAGUUCAAGAAGCUUACAAACGCUCAACGAUCCGGUUUGAAUCAAAUUCCCAACCGUCGAUUCACCCUGUGGUGGUCUCCUACGAUUAACCGUGCCAACGUGUAUGUCGGUUUCCAGGUCCAGCUGGAUCUGACUGGUAUCUUCCUCCACGGUAAAAUCCCAACCCUCAAAAUCUCGUUGAUUCAGAUCUUCCGUGCCCAUUUGUGGCAGAAAAUCCAUGAGUCGGUUGUGAUGGACUUGUGUCAGGUGUUCGACCAGGAGUUAGAACAACUUGGUAUCGAAGCAGUUCAGAAGGAAACAAUUCACCCUCGUAAAUCCUACAAGAUGAACAGUUCUUGCGCGGACAUUCUUCUUUUCGCCACGAACAAGUGGAAUGUUACCCGACCUUCUUUGUUGUUUGACACCAAGGAUGCCUAUGAAAAUACCGCCUCCACGAAAUUCUGGGUUGAUAUUCAACUGAGAUACGGUGACUACGACUCCCACGACAUCGAGCGUUACACCCGUGCCAAGUAUCUUGACUACACCACCGACGGCACGAGUGUCUAUCCUUCGGCCAAUGGUCUCAUGAUUUGCAUUGAUCUUGCGUACAAUCUCUACUCAGCCUAUGGUCAGUAUUUCCCCGGCCUCAAGACGUUGAUGCAACAGGCUAUGGCGAAGAUCAUGAAGGCAAACCCAGCCUUGUACGUGUUGCGAGAGCGCAUUCGCAAGGGUCUGCAGCUGUUUGCAUCGGAGAGCAACCAGGAGUUCCUCAACUCGCAGAACUACUCGGAACUUUUCAGUCCCCAGACUCAGCUGUUCAUUGAUGAUACCAAUGUCUACCGUGUCACCAUCCACAAGACAUUCGAGGGUAAUCUGACUACCAAACCCAUUAACGGUGCCAUUUUCAUCUUCAACCCUCGAACCGGACAGCUGUUUUUGAAGAUCAUCCACACCAGUGUGUGGGCUGGUCAAAAGCGUUUGGGUCAACUUGCUAAAUGGAAGACCGCUGAAGAGGUGGCUGCACUUAUUCGAUCUCUCCCCGCCGAAGAGCAACCGAAGCAACUUAUUGUCACCCGAAAGGGUCUGCUCGACCCUCUUGAGGUUCACCUACUGGAUUUCCCGAAUAUUUCCAUUCGUGCAUCAGAGCUCCAGCUGCCAUUCCAGGCUGCCAUGAAGGUUGAAAAACUUGCAGACAUGAUCCUUCGUGCUACAGAGCCUCAGAUGGUUCUCUUCAACCUGUACGACGAGUGGCUGAAAUCGAUCUCUCCCUACACCGCCUUCUCACGAUUGAUUCUGAUUCUCCGUGCUCUCCAUGUCAACGUUGAUAAGGCCAAGAUUAUCCUUCGACCUGAUAAGACAGUGAUUACUCAAGAGCAUCACAUCUGGCCGUCUCUUUCGGACGAGGACUGGAUUAAGGUCGAGGUCCAACUGCGUGAUCUCAUCUUGAACGAUUAUGGCAAGAAAAAUAAUGUCAAUGUGCAGAGCUUGACUAGCAGUGAAGUCCGAGAUAUCAUUCUGGGUAUGGAAAUCAGUGCACCAUCUCUACAGCGACAGCAAGCUGCCGAGAUCGACAAGCAACAGGAUGAGGCGAGACAGCUCACUUCGGUGACAACCAAGACACAGAACGCACGAGGCGAGGAUAUGGUUGUCACAACAACAACCAACUUUGAACAGCAGUCUUUUGCCUCCAAGACUGAGUGGCGUACUCGUGCGAUCGCAACCUCCAACCUUCGAACCAGAUCGAACAACAUCUAUGUGUCAUCCGAUGGUAUUCGCGACGACAGUCUUACCACGUUCGUUAUGCCAAAGAACGUACUCAAGCGGUUCAUCACCGUUGCCGACCUUCGUGUUCAAGUCACUGGCUAUCUCUACGGUAAAUCGCCGAAAGACAACUCUCAGGUCAAGGAGAUUCGCGCUAUCGUCAUGGUGCCCCAAGUCGGAAACACGCGUGACGUCCAGUUGCCGCAUGAGUUGCCUCAGCAUGACUACCUGAAAGACAUGGAGCCGCUGGGUCUCAUUCACACUAUUUCAGGCAAUGAGCCGCCGUACAUGUCCGCAGCAGACGUCACACAACACGCUCGUUUAAUGGAUGCACACCCCUCAUGGACAGAAUCGACUGUAACCAUGACCGUGUCCUUUAUUCCGGGAUCCGUCUCCCUUGCCGGCUGGAGUCUCACUCCUCAAGGCUACAAGUGGGGUGCUGAGAACAAGGAUAUGAGUUCUGACCAGCCCCAAGGCUUUUCUUUUAGUAUGGGAGAUAAGAGCAAGCUCCUGCUCAGUGACCGAGUCCGCGGCCGCUUCAUGGUUCCCGAAGACAAUCUGUGGAACUACAGUUUCAUGGGUAGUGCCUUCACCAGCAUUGAGAAGAGAGCCAUUUACGUCAAGGUUGAUGAGCCGGUUCGGUUCUACGACGAUCGACAGCGCCCUCUACACUUCCAGAACUUUUCUGAGUUGGAAGAUAUCUGGAUUGAUGGUUCGAAUAACUUUGAUUAA